CGGAGUUUGGAUGACAUGUGGUUCAGAUAUCUACACUGGCGUUUGUACUGAAACCUCGGAUUAUAUCUCCAUGUCUUUGUCAUAGCCUGGGAUUUUAUCAAAUAAGCACAGGUUAACCGAUGAAGGACAGUAGUUCUGACAGAGACACAUCUAGUCCCCAUGACAUGAGCGUGAGCCUCAAGCGGAAGAACCCGGAUCCAGAAUUAAUACACGAUUCAGAAGAACUUUUUGCCGACUUGAGUCAAAUGCAGGAGACGUGGUUAGCAGAAGCCCGCUACACUUCGGGCACCGAAGAGGGUGAACAAUACGUCCCAGAAUUUGCAGCCAAUGGGAAUCCCUACAUGAAGGUCAAGGCUGAACAGAAGUCGACCAACUGCUCCAAGCCAUGCAGUCAAAUCGUCUCUAAACAAGCUGUCUCUGCCUCCAAGUUUGAAUAUGGAGAAAAAACAUUUGUAAACAGUCCAUAUGAACAUGCGACCCCAUCACCAACAGGGUCCGCGUGUUCCUCCGCCUCAGGGAAAGAGUCCGUGUCAUCGGGCUCCUACAAGGAAUCCUCUUUCAGUAACCACACGGAGUUAUAUCCGCCGGGGUCAGAGAGAUAUCAGCGAUCUCAUUCGGAACCAAGCAGUGGUUACACUACCCCUGAGCCCCGCCCACAAGCCUUUUCCCACCCCCCUCCAGUGCUGCCCCACCCCUACCAUCAACAAAUGCUGAAACACGACUAUGAGCGGAACUACGACAUGGGAAGGAAUCAUGGGUACCCAUCUGCCCCUGCGGCUCACACGGGAACUCUGGCCAUCAAACAGGAACCACGAGAAACAUCAUUUGAUGGAAGUCAGUGCUGUGAAAGUCUACGGCCCUGUCCCACCUUCCCGAGACCAGACUUUACCAACCAUGGCAGUCCGCAGGAAGGAAUGCCCUACCCGUAUGACAACACAAUGCGAUUUUUCUAUCACGACGAAUCAGCAUACUUCAGUCAUUUGAGAGAAAAACAUAAAGGUAUGGAAAUGAAGGCAGAGUUUUACAGAGACCUGUAUCUCGAGCGCUAUCACCAUAGAGACGGUGCCCCACCCACAUACCAGCGCCGUGGGUCGCUGCAGUUGUGGCAGUUCCUGGUGGCGCUGCUGGACGACCCGUCAAACUCCACCUUCAUCGCCUGGACAGGGCGGGGACUGGAGUUUAAACUCAUCGAACCAGAAGAGGUGGCAAGGCGAUGGGGAAUUCAGAAGAACCGCCCUGCGAUGAACUAUGACAAACUUAGCCGGUCUCUGCGAUAUUACUAUGAGAAAGGCAUCAUGCAGAAGGUAGCUGGGGAGCGCUAUGUGUAUAAAUUUGUCUGUGACCCAGAGGCUCUGUUUUCAAUGGCAUUCCCAGAUAACCAUCGUCCAAUACUGAAAGGCGAACCAAACAAAGAGGACUUUUUAAAAUCAUCCAAUCAGCAGCUAGAUAAUCAGCCGCUGGCGUUAACGACAACACCCCCACAUGCCCACAAUCCUCACAUGUCCCACAGUAUGCGUGGCUUCAACAUGCCGUCCCAGCAUACCAACAGUCCCAUGACAGCAGAACAACAUCGUCUACAAUAUAUGCAAGAAGUACAGCGAAUGUACGCCCCGGGCCCAUACAUGGAGGGGUGUGUCUACUGACUAUAACAUGGAGAACCUUUUCAAAUCUGUUACACAAUAAAUGAGAUGUUACAAUUUGUUUUCUUUCAAUCCCAAUAUUUAAAAUGGGAUGAAUGAUCUAAAUUUACUUUAAAUGAUUAUGAUGAUGAUAAAAUGGAUGGUUGGAAUUUAUGAAUGAUACCCGUGCUCAUGGGUUUCACUGAAGUGGUAAAGGUCUUAAGAUCUGCAUCACUUCAGGCUUUCCUCCCACUUAUCAAGCUGACAUACCAACUGAGGGGGCACAGAUGGCCAGUCAUCUAAGGCACCGCAAUUCUCUGUGCAGAGUUGCGUCCCUUUGGUGCACCAGUAACCUAUUAUCGUGGGUUCGAAUCCCGGGGUGCGCCUGUUAUGGUUCAAGGUUUGUGUUCAUUGGCUUCACCAAUGUGGUAAACGUCUGAGACCUGCAACACUUCUGGCUUUCCCCUCAUAAUAAUCUGACACUGGACACUCUUCCAAGCGGCGUUAAACCAAACUCACUCACUCACAUUAUUCUGGAUGUGAAAUCUUCCCUGUGAAAUCAGUGAGAUUAAAGAACUUCUGGAAUAUCGGAUAAAGCAUCCUUUUAAACUCCCCUUGAUUACCAGUCUUUGUAGAUCCACAGUAUUUGUUCAGAGGGAACCGUGUCCAGACUAGCAGUGUUUCAGUGUAGAGGAACAUAAAUGGACACAAGUGAGAAAGAAUCCUAGAGUUCAUCUGGAAUUGUUUUGAAAAUUCAAGUUGACUCCUCAUCAUCACCAUUUCCUGAAUUUGAAACUUUCAAUUUCAUUAUAUAUUUUUGAGAGAUAUUUCAUAUCAUUCUCAAACCAGUUUCUGUCUCUACUGGUGCUAGGAGGUUUUCAAUCUUGGAAACCUUGGAUAAAUUGCAUGAAAGAUUUCAAAUAUUUGAAUAAAGUUCAAAAUGGGCAUGCAAACAUGUUAUUCCUUUUAAAGCUGUGUAGCAGAUUUGAAUUGUUACAGAUGUGUUGUACAGUUGAAUAUAUAUUUAUUUGUAUUUACAGGGGAAUUAUGAAUUCUACUUUAUGUGGUGUUCUGAGGUCUCAGACAGACUGAGGUCAAAUACAAUCUCACGAAACUUCUUGAUUAUUUCUGUCAAACCAGUAUAUGGGUACCCGGUAGUUGUUAUUAUUUUACUGUCUUAGAUAACAUUAAUGUAACUGUACAUUUUGGCUGACUGACAGGGUUUGAGUGCUUGUGUUUCAUGUUAGGCUAAAGGAACAGAUAGGUCUCAGGAAUCUGGGUGAAAUAUGUUAGAACCUGGCCAUUUGAUAUUCUGGAGGCCUGGGAUUUGAAAAAAAUAUAACAAAUUUAUCUGUUCCCCAAACUUCUGAAAACUAACAUGAUGCAACUCCUAAAAAGAUUGCUCAGCAUUUCAUGAAAUAUUUUAUGAUGGUUUUAUGACUGAAAAAAUAAUAUCUUCCUCACAAAAAUCCCAUCUGUCUCCAAAAUAUUAAUGGUUGGUUAUGGAAGACAGCCUCUCACAAAGUCAACUUUUCAUCCUCCUCAAUUCAAAUCAGGGAACUAUUUUGACAUCCUUUGAAGUGGCUCACCCAUCACUUUGUACAGAACGAGUCUGUGGCAGAGUGCCACGGAGUUCUUGUAGAACAUUUAAGGUAUUUUCUACCUUAAUCUACAUCAUGAAUACUGUCAAAAUGCAUAUUGUUAAAAAAUGAUAUUUUUUAAUAUCAAUUCCUGCAAAGGAUGUUUUUUUAAUAAUUCGAUGAAAUGUGCUUUUUUCAAGUACUCAUGGGGUAUAGCCAUAAAACUGUUGACUCAUUUCAGUAGUCAAACAAUGCUAUCCAGUCUAGAUCUCAUGCUACCUUGUCACAUGUAAGUAGAUGAUGUACUGUCAUUUCUCAUUGUUUUUACAUCCAGGAGGACUGUUUCAUGCCGGCUUCUAACAACUCUGCAAAUAUGAAAACAUCAAAUGUUGAAAUUUUCAUUUAAUCAUUUUGUUUCAUCUUAAAACCAAACUGGUUUAGUUUUCAUGUCUUUUGGGAAACUUUUUUCAAUAAUUUAAAUUUUUUAAAUUAUUUUUUUAAAUGCAACAAAAAUGGAUUUGUCAUUUUCCUGAAAGUUGGUAAAAUCAGAUAACUAGGAUACAGUUGAAACUAAAAUAAUACCGGCAGAUAUACCUUGUGAGAGAAGCGGCAUGAGGUAUCUAAUUACCUUUAUAUACUACUCAAAAGAAGUUAAAGAACACCCAAUUUUUUCAUAUAACUAUAGUUAAUCUGUAAUGCCAUAUUUACUAUAGCAAUAUGAUAAAAUUGAGUGUUCCUUAAUUUCUUUUGAAUAGUAUAAUAAGGGAAGUUAAAAACACUGGCAAAUGCAACUAUAUCUAUACUGAUACCUGUAGCUUGUUUAAGAGAUGUAUAUAUACUCUUCAAGAGCUACAUUUAGAACAUACAGCUCAGAUAACACUUAUCUGAAAAUUUAUAUUUUCAUUUUGUUCCGAGAUGCUGGUGCGAUGUAUAUAUUCAUAUGAGCUAUAUCUGUUAUAUGGUUUAUAUUCAACAAAUUAUGUGUAUAAUUCUUUGGCUUUAUCUUGUUGAUUCUAUCAGUGUUUAGUGUUGUGCUAUUUUCACAUUGUCAUAUUGUGUGUCUUUACUGUACAGUUUCAUUCAUUGUAUCGGCACAUUGUCUACAUCCUUUAGUGCUAUGCUGUAGUUGAGUAACACAAACAACACGAAUAUGAUAACAAGGCCCUUCAUCAAUGGGCUAAAACCUAUGACUGCAUUAUUUAUAAACGGAUACUAAAACAAUUUGCAAUAUCUUAAGGAACAAAUGUGGCCAUCUGCAUUAAAUGCAUCCAUACAAUAUAGUAAUAUAUUAUAGAUUUAUAUAGUGCUUUAUAUAUAGAUACUCCCUGCUCAAGAGCGCCAAAUUCUACUUCUACACAAAUUCCAGAAGGAGCAAUAUGGUUCUUAAAUUAUUAUUUAUACAUUACUUUGGAAAAGGUACCAAGGUGAUGCAGACGUUGUCCAAGUCUCAAUGAACACUUGUUUAAAUUUAAGCAGUUAAACAACCUGUUUGUUGCUGAUAUUAUUGUCAUUACUAGUGUGAAAAUAUCCAUAUAUCUGGAAGACGUAAACAUCAAACCAUUUUGUCAGACCUGGUACUGUUUGCAAAUACUGUACCUCCACACACACGAUAUAGGUUAACUGCAUAUAUCACCCUAAUAUUGUCUGAACUGCAUUGGCUGCCAAUCCACCAAAGAAUGCGAUUUAAACUACUCACUCUGGUUUACGAGGCGAUGCGUAGUUUGGCUCCUGCUUACUUACAGGAACUGAUGGCACCAUACAAGCCCGCACGUUCUCUCCGUUCAAAAGAUCAACAUCUGCUAGUGUUGCCUAAGUCACGUACCAAAACAUAUGGUGAUAGGUCAUUUUAACAUGCUGGCCCAUUGCUAUGGAACAAUCUGCCACAAGAAAUCCGAGAAAUAGAAAAUCUAACAAACUUUAAGAAGACACUCAAAACCUGUCUCUUCAAGACAGCCUUUGACAGAUAAAUCAUGGUCUAGGUGCAUUUAAGCAGUUGUUAAUUGGAAAAUGCGUUAUACAAAUUCUUAACUUAAUUUAAUUUAAUGUAAUAUUCAUCUGAUGUAGAUCCCAUGUAGAUGGUAUUGAAGUUCACGUAUUAUCAUCAUAAAAAUAAUUGGAAGCAAGCACGGGACUUUCGGAUGCAAACUGCUUUUAUAGUAUAUGAUUGGACAAUAAAUACAUGAUUGUGACCAGUUCUUGAUGUAAAUGGAUGCGUGAGAAACAACGAUUUGUGUACGACAGCAGGGAUAAGAAAAUAACAAAUUUAAGAUUUUCUGAAACAUGAUGUCAUAUAAAUAAGAUAACCAUAUAGUGUUUUUGUUUAGUAUUCUACAGAUUAGGCCACUGAAAGAGCAAGUAUUCUAUGUGUAAAUAGAUAUCAUGAUCUCAGUAACCAAGCAAACACAUACUAUUACCCGUACAACUUGCUGUAGGCAUGGCACAACUGUCUUUGUCUACAUCAGAGAUGUGUAUAUAUAAGCUGGUUAUUUAUUUCUGAAAAUGUGAUGUGUCAAAUCCUGUUACUAUCUAGUCAUGAAUAUUGUUGAUCUGUCACAUGCCACAAAUAUGUACUGUGAAGGAAUAAAUUUCAUAUUUCUUAA